AUGUUAUUACCCGAAUCAAUCUAUAAACAUGACAAUGAUUUAAAAAGAAUUCAAGCUUCCUAUUUAUCAUCAGUUCGUUCGAUAUCAUUAAUACUAAAUAUAAUUCUAUUUCUGGCUAUAUGCAUAUUUAUUCUAUGUUUAUUACGUGUUAUUAUGUAUGAAGAAGCAAUUUCUAAAACACCGACAAGUACAUUACCAAUACCUCAUCAAUCUAAGCAGCAUAAAACUAUUCCACGUAAAGAAUAUUAUUAUGAUUAUGAGCCUUAUCUUAAAAAUGUAACAUUGACACCAAAAAAUAAAACUCGUCGAUUUUUUUAUGUGGAUCUAGGAUGUUUUGAUGGUCGUGAUAUUGAUUAUUUUUUACAUUUUCAUUCAGCAGCUAUAGCACGUUUAGGAACACUUCAUAUUAUUGCAUUUGAACCUGAUCCAAUAAAUUUUUCUUCCUGUAAGCUAACACAACAACGGUAUAGACCGAUUCAAGGAACAGUUUAUGAUGUUGCUAUUUGGACUGAAAAUGGUCAAGUACGAUAUGCAUCAGAAAAAGGACAAAAAUCUAAAAUAGAUUCAAAUUCAGCAUUAUAUGUUCGAUCAGUUGAUUUUUCAAUAUGGAUGACAGAAAAUUUUCGUGUAGAUGAUUAUGUUUAUAUUAAAUUUACAAUUGAAGGAGCUGAAAUACCUGUUUUAGAAAAAAUGGUUCUUGAUGAAAGUUUAGCAUUAGUUGAUCAUUUGGAAAUUGAAUGGCAUGAUGAAUUAUCACCUGAUUUUGAACCAAGACGCAUAGCACUUGAAUGUAUGUUUGAUAAUUUUGGAAUGGAUUUUUUUUAUAUGAUCAAUCCAGUUGAUUUAAGACAUGCUUACAAUAUGAAAGAGAACUUUGAAGCUGUCCCAAAAGAUAGAGGAUGGAGAUUAAAAGACCCAUUGGCUCGCUUUUUUUACAAAACUAGAAAAGAAGUACCCGAUUUAUUAAUUGAACGAUUACAACAAAGACAAACAAAACUUCCUUCUAAUUGA